AUGGCGUCAGAAUCUAUCAUGACUUGUAAUGUUAGCGAGCAACGUUGGGUCAAUGAAACAAUAAGAACCUUUACAUCAGAAUUGACAGUAGGUACUGAAACCACCACUUGUGUUUUUCAAGUUCCCAAAAUCAUUGCUGAAACUAAGCCUCAAGUUUAUACCCCUCAAAAAAUAGGCCUUGGACCAUACCAACACUUAGGUCCGCAGUUGUUAGCCACGAAUAGGCAUCACAAGCUAACGAUAGCCAGAAGUUGCCUGAACGACCACCAAGUCCAAGAUUUUGCAAACAAAGUUAUCAACAAGCUGUGUUUGGUCAUGGAACCCAUUCGAGGGUACUACGAUAAGCACUUGGACCUUGAAGGCCAAACUUUAGCAUGGAUAUUGGCCAUUGAUUCUCUAUACAUGCUACACUUACUGAAUAGUUAUGGACGAUAUCAAAAAGUCAUUACUAAACAAAGAAUGUUUACUCAAGAUGUUGUGAUGCUAGAGAAUCAAAUCCCAUCUUUUGUGCUGAUUGAAACCCAAAAGGCUCUCGAUCAAUCUUAUAGCAAUUUAUUUACGAGGCUGUUCCACAAACAUUCUCCCCUCAAACUGACAAACCAGAACAUAUUCCGUAGCGUCAAUAGUCCCCAUUUGCUGGCUUAUUUGCACCAUUUGAUCAUCAACUACCGUGGGAUUCUAGAAGCAGAAUAUCAUGAAUCAGAUGAUGACGAUGUUAUAUAUCAAGUUCAUUACGAAUACCACAGCUCCGUUACCCGCAUUGUGGAGACUACUGCUAGUCUUGGCCUUCCAGGAGGGGAGCUGUUAGGGAGACAUUUUAGUUUCCUGAUCAGUUUGCCAUGGGAUUACAUCAAAAGUUUGGUCAAGAAGGAAAAUGAGGAAAAGAAGCCUUCAGUAGAUAAGAUUGAAAUCCCAUCAGUGACACAACUCAACAAAACCGCUAAAAUAAAUUUUAAGCUCACGGAAGGAGGCAUCAGGGAUAUUAAAUUUAUCGAGGAGGAAGUUAUAUUGAGAAACUUAGUUGCAUAUGAGGCAGCUGCUGCUGGUGAUCAAGAUGGAAGUACUCUUGAGGUGGCUGAGUAUGUGGAUUUGAUGUGUGGAAUUGUGGACACUCCGAAAGAUGUCGAUUUACUCAGAAAAUCAGGGAUUAUAAAAGGAAGUCUGAGUGAUGAGGAAAUUGCUGAUUUCUUCAAUGGCAUACCUAAAACAACAGCAAAGUCCAAGGAGAAGAAAUCAGAAGUUGCAAUGGCCAUUGAUACAGUAAAUCAGAAAUUCGACGCUAUAUUAAGAGUCAAGGCCUAUAGAUUCAUCAAGAAGCAUAUUUAUGUACCUCGAGAGUCUCUUGCAGUCCUUACAACUCUAGUGCUUAUUAUGCUGCUUUCUUUACAAUCUAAGGCUGUAAGAGAGCCCUGUAAACCUACUUAUGCAUCUUUCAUAAACCCUAACUCAUCGUCUCAACCUUUAACCACAACAAAGUUAAAACCUAUUGAGUUUGUCCAUGGAGAACCCACACUCAAGUUCACGGUGGAAGAGAUUGAAAAAUUCACUGUCGUGGAAGGCUUGUACCAGGCUUUGGUGUUGAAAUUUUCAUACAGGCAUCCUGAAAUAGAAGAGCUAUACACAGUUUGUCCCAAGCAACUUGGUAACAAGGUCAAUGCUUAA